AUGCCCAAGAUGGCUAAUGAAACAUUGAAAGCAGCACUUGGCAAUUCAGCAUGGCACCUUUUGCACACUGUUUUGGCCAGAUAUCCCGAAAAGCCUGAUGAGCAGCAGAAAGCCACUUUGAAGCAAUACAUUCAUCUUUUCGCUCAGGUGUAUCCUUGCGGAGAUUGUGCUAGGCAUUUCCAGGGACUCUUGAAGAAACAUCCACCCCAGGUAAGCAGCAGAAAGACUGCAGCGGUAUGGGGAUGUCACAUUCACAACAAGGUGAACGAAAGGUUGCAGAAGCCAAUCUAUGACUGUCUGAACAUUUUGGAAGAUUACGAUUGUGGAUGUGGAUCUGACGAGAAGGAACUGGAUGCCACUUUGGGAGGUGACAGCGUGGACCAUCUUCGGCAAAUCCAGGUUGACGAGAAGGGAGAGAAGCAGAGGGGCGGAUGA